AUGCACAGGAGACCCAGCACCGCACGCUUCCCCGCGCGCCUCUGCCCAGCAGCCGCCGCUGCUGCCUUCUGCCCCGGCCCGCACCUGCCGGCCUGCCUUGCAGCUGCUGCCCAGCCGCACGCGCGCUGCCCCGCGCCAGCGCUCGCCCCCAGCACGCCGCCACCUGCGCGCACACCCCGCGCCGCCUUGCCUCGCGCGGCCCUCGCGCACGCGCCUGGCCGCGGUGCCCUGUUGCCCCGCGCCCACACGCCACCGCCGCUUGCUGCCGUGCGCCGCCUCUGCACGCGUCAGCUGCCGCACUGGCCCGCGCGUCCCGCGCGCUGUGCUGCUGCGCGCUGCCACGCGCUCCGCCUGCCAGUGCCCGGCCGCCGUGCCCCGCCUGCACGCCUGUGCGCCAGCAGCCGACCGUGCCCUGCACCGCCUGCUCUGCACCGCGCUGCACGCCGUCGCCACCCUCGCCGCACGCGCCGGUCGAAGCCUCGACGCCACCAGGAAGACGCCGACGCCGCCGUCCACGCCUGGAGGAAGCCGUCGCCGUCCGUGCGCCACCCGUCGCCGCCGCCGCCACCGGACGCGAGAACGAGGAGGAGCCCAGCCAGUACCGCGACUCCGCCGGGAACGUCCACGCCGCCGCGCCGGAGCCGAAGAUCGAAGCUGAACCGCGAGCCGCCGCCUUCGUCCACGCCGCCCUCGACGUGUUCGACGAAAUGCCCGAGUGACCCGUCAGGCCCUAGGAUCUUGGAAGACUCGGAUGACUUCGAGGACCUCGACGUCGACUACGUUGAAGAAGAAAUUGGAUAUCACACUCCAGGUUCACGCCCGACCGACUUGAAUACCUAUUAGACAUUGCUAUAUAGAAUUGCUAGUGCUUUACUUUAUGUUGAUGAUGAUAAACCAUGCAUAGCCUGUUUUACAUUCCUUAUGCUUUGAUGUCCUACUACUACUAUAUAUAUGUGCGUGUAUAUGCGCUGAGCUUCGCUUGCACGUGUGUGGGAUAUUGUGAUUAGGAUUCUUGGUGUGUGUGGGGAAAAACCGGUAGGUGAAGGUGAUUUGGGUUAUUUGCCGGGGGUGAGCUCCAAACAACCCGAUGUGUCAUCGGGGGAGUGGGGAGUCGCUCUCAGGCGAUCCUCCGACUACUGUUUGCGAACUCGGAGCAUAGGUGUUGGUGUUUUGACUUGAGGAGAUCAGAGAGCUCGCCCCGGUCUGAAACCGAGUGGUUCUACAUUCUUCACGGGACUUCUGUACACGCCACCUCGUCGAGAGUGGGUUAGUGCCGGUCGAUGCUAGCAAGUGCUUUACCAUACCUGCUGUAGGAUAGGUGGAUCAGUGGUCGAGAGGGUAGGGGGGUGGACCCCGUUGUUUUGUUGAGCCCCUCGAGAGUGUCUGCCCCCGUGAGGCCUCACGGGGGACUACUUCACAAUUCUGGGGUGGUCUUCUGCGGGAGACCGCAUCUGAGCCCGGAUGCAGGGUGAUAUCGUAACUCCUAGUUUUUCUUCCGGUUGGGUGGUUCCAGUCGAUCGACGGGUCGUCUGGGUCCAUCCCUUGGUGGGUCCAGGUGUACACACUCUGCAGAGUUUGAUCUAUACGUAUAGCUGCGCCCGCGGUCAUGGGCGAUCCCAGUGGGAGUAGCUUCCUCAUGUUUUGGGAUUUCUACCUCCCCCUAUAGUACUUGAGUGUGGUGAGUCGUGAUUGCAGCCGGGGAGAGGGAUGUCCCUCCAUUCUCUCGUGGAUCCGGCUGUAAUCAUUGAGGUGCGAGGAGAUGCGGUUCUCGCACCGACCCUAGAUGGUGAUGGAGAUUCUGGGUUGCCAGACGUUCCCAAUUGUGUUGAGAGUUUGGGAUGGUGUGUUUAUGGAGAUUUAUUCUUUAUGCUUGCUGCUGCUGCUGCAUAGGAAACCCGAGACUACUCCUUGACUACUUUUUAUCCUUUAGAAGUAGGCCACUUAAAGCUUGCAUUACGGUUGGUGAUGUGAACCUAUCCCAUUCCUUGGGGAUAGUUUGUGAGUGUGCAGGUUUGGACUUUAGUGUGAGUCCGAUCCCGAAGGCUUGAUGAAGGACGGGUUGCGCUGCUUCGCUCGAGUUGCCUGUGGUGAAGAUUGAAGAUGAGGACUUAAAGCCCUAGCUACCACUACGCAGGAUUUCUCUUUGUCGUUUAGCCCAGGGGGCUUGUACUACACUCGAUCUCCGAGUUGUAUCGGAGGUAUUUAUUAUAUUUUGUACUCUGAUUUCGUUGUAUGGAAAUGAUAUUAUGCUGA